CCUCAUUUCCUACGCAUCUGGCGCAUCCUGCACGACCACAGCGAACUACUCCGAGCGGUUGUCCCUGCGGCCGGCUACUAUUUGACAUACCUCCUCCACGAUGGAUCAUUCUCGAGACCCAUGCCCUUGGGUAGCGCUAUCAGAUUUUGGUGGAGCUUUCUCCAUGGGCGCUUUGGGAGGCACGUUAUGGCACGGCAUCAAAGGUUAUAGAAAUUCGCCAUACGGAGAGCGACGGAUAGGCAUGAUUACAGCCAUUAAAGCUCGAGCGCCCGUGACAGGAGGCAACUUCGGUGUAUGGGGUGGCCUAUUCAGCACAUUCGAUUGCGCUGUCAAGGGUAUCAGAAAGAAGGAAGAUCCAUACAACUCGAUCAUCGCCGGGUUUUUCACUGGUGGUGCCCUUGCUGUAAGAGGAGGCUACAAGGCUGCGAGAAACGGCGCCAUUAUGUGCGCUAUCUUUUUGGCUGUUAUUGAAGGUGUGGGCAUCGGUAUUCAGCGACUGAUGGCCGAGAACACCCGACUUGAUAUCCCUCCUCCUGGAGCAGCACCAACGGAAUCUCGACCUGUGGCUGCAUGACUGGAAAUGGCCACUACUCCACAUUUCAUUUAGGAGGUUUCUUGGAUUUCUCCUCAAAGCGUUGAGUCUGACUUACUCGGUUCUCUACUCCUCAGCUCCCACCUUCUCGUGGUCCAAGGGUUCUUCUGUGCAUAGCGGGCGUUACGGAGAAAUGGGCAAAGAGGUGCCACAGUCGCAUCUGCAGAGGUACAAGCACAUGAAGGAAGCUCAUCUCAGCAGCCUGACGCGGGUAUCUAGAGAUACGCUUUCAUGAGCGGCGCAGCUUGGCUGUGCUAUAUGCCAAAGCCGGUUUGAAUGUCUUGCUUCAAGGCUG